AUGGAGCCUACGGAUAACACGUAUGUACAGAAGCUAAAGGAGAGAUUUUUGGAAUGUCCUGUGUGCCUUGAAGAAUUUUCGCAGGAAAGUCGACUCCCACGGGUCUUGCCAUGUCUACAUACACAUUGUGAUUCCUGUUUAAAAAACAUCGUCAAAGACGAUUCUGUAAAGUGUUCAUUGUGUCAGAAAAGUUAUCAUGUCCCCGAUGAGAACCUUACCGUAUUUCCCACUGAUUAUACUAGAAAGGAUCUUCAGGAUUUUGUUCGUGCGUCGCUUCAUAGACCCGAUUUGGUUUGCGAAGGCUGUGCUUCCAACGACAUAGCUAAAUUCAGAUGCACAACAUGUGAUCAUUUCUUGUGUGACUCGUGUAAGGAAGCACACAGACGUCUUGUUGUCUUCAAAACGCAUUAUGUAUUCUCUCUGGACGAGGAACAGAGUUCAGAGGAAAAUAUCAGUAAAUUUUCGCACCAGGCAUUUUGUGAAACCCAGGGACAUGAACGCGAGGCAAUGCACUACUACUGUACAACCUGUGAUAAAUCUAUAUGUACCCGUUGUUUCCUCAUACACCAUAAGAGACACGCUGUAGAAGAUAUCCAGGAAGUGUAUGGUAGAAAGAAAGCUUCUCUUCAAAAUGACGCGCAAAUGCUACAUAGUCGUAUUUCAGAAUGUAACAUGAUUAGGAAGAAGGUACAGGAGGCAAAAGAAGAGGUUGAGCGUAAUAGGACAAAAUCUGUGGACGAGUUGAAUACGACAUUCGAAACCAUGAUACAGAUUCUGAAAAGACGUCGGGAUGACCUACUGAACAAGAUACAAACAGUAGCAUCGAGGAAAAAUGAAGUGCUUGAUCACCAGGAAAACAAUCUUGACAUAAUUGUAAAGUCAGUCGAAAAUUGCUGCGAAUUUCUCCAUCAAAGUCUUACCUACAAUAAUCAGCCAGCCUUCCUGAAGAUAGCCCCAAUUAUUUCCAGCCGAUUUGCGUACCUCCAGUCACUCACUCUAGAUGAAGAACCAUACGAAUCAUCGUAUCUCUCCUUCAAUGGUCUAAAUAUCGAGCUAACUUUUGAAACAUUUAUCCAGACCAUAGGGAACAUUGAGUCAUCGGCCUUUUAUCGACCGAAAACACGUGUUUACGCAGAACCAGGUACUAAUGGCAGUCCAAGUAAGAUUGUCAUAGAGUUCCAGAACUUCGAAGGGAAACUUCUGGAAGAAAAUUUGGAGAUAGAAGUCACUGUUUCGAAAGAGGGCGAAAUACAUUCAAAAGCCAGACUUGCACUAGGCGAUAGAGGCAGAUAUGAAAUGAUACUUCCGGCUGUUGGCUCUUAUGAGUUGAAUCUAAAGGCCUUUGAUGAGAAGAUGCCGGUUUGGGAAGGGGCAGCCCCCAAAUCAAACGAUGAUUUUGACCCCGACAGUGCCAGAGGCCCCGAACGGCCACCUCUACCGAAGGACGAACUUUUACAUCCAGACCAUGGAAACAAAGGAGUACAAAGUAUGCCGACUGUAAACCAUUCAGAUGAUCUCGCUUCCGGUUUAUCCAGACCGGAACGUUCGAUAACUCGGGCAACGUUUCAUUUGGAUGAAACAACAAUGCACAAGUCUCAGUUCCUUUCAAAGAACAGAAAGAACCUCUUCAAUAGGAAGCAGACACGACUACUACAGGAGGGUGACGAGGAGAGAAAACCAAUCCACACUUCGGUGAGAAGCAGAAGGGAACAAAAAGUCCAACGUCACCAAGGAGUAAAAUCCUCCACACCGAUUACCUUGCCAGAUGAUGUCUAUUUCGAGGUCGACAUCAGCUAUCAGUUUGACCAGAAUCUGGUUCAAGAUGUCACGAUCUUUGAAAUUGGCUUUGCAAAUGACAGUGCUGUCGAUACUUCUGACACUAUUGGCAAUGAUAAACACUCUUGUUCUAUUGCUGCCCACGCCAGUUCUAAUGAUGGUACAAUUCGAUUCGGGUUCAAGGAUAACGGAAAGCUGGUAUCCUCUCAGGCCACACAGGCUAACACUUCUAGUAAAUGCCAUGUGAUGAGUCUAGGGCUAAACGUGGACACUCAAAGUCAAUCUGUCAUUGUGCUAGACAAGUCACGAAACGAAGUCAAUAUGUUUAAAUUCACAAACCAAGAUUACAGGACAGGAAUUUGGCCAGUGUUUGGGGUUUUUAAUUCACAGAAGGUGGACGUUGUUUUAACUCUGAAAUCUGGUGAUGACAUCACAUACAUACCAUUCCAUCUACUCAGGUAACUACUUCUACAGUUUUCAACUGCAACACUCUGGGAGAGCAAUGACGAUCAAUAUCAAUAUUAUUGAUGUUAUUUUCUCAGUAACGUGAUACAAUCGAGACUGUUAUCACUCACUGAUGAAACAAAACUGUGGAAUAUCUGGUGAAAACACCUUACAUGCAGAAUUUCUUAUUUCAUCAUAUCUCACCAAUAUUUAGCUUGCAUAUGCUCCUAAAGACCAUGUGUCGCUUGAUGUAUACUGUCAACUCUUUCAUUUUGCGGUAAUAUUAUUUUAUUCUUUUGAGCAUUACAAAACGUAUGUAUUUUACAGUAGUCAAAAUAUGUAUUUUGAUGAUACAAGGACGAGAAUCCAUACGUAAUUAUUCAUCUUUCAAUUUGUUUUUUCGGUUGAUCUCUGCUACAGAAGUUAAUUUAUACGUGACAAUAUAUUUCUCUU